AUGAGCCGACAGUGCUACACCUCUGGCUCCAUCCUGGGACGACGAGGCUUUUCCUCGGCAUCCGCCGUCUGCGGCCUGGGCAGGCCCAACAGCAGCUCGGCUUCUGUCUGCCAGCCCGUGGGACGGAGGUGUGGGAUCGGUGGCUUCAGCAGCCGCAGUGUCUGUGACCUGGGCAGAGGGCAAAGGAUUUCCUUUGGUGGGAGCUGCCGCAGCGGGGUCUACGGCGGUGCCGGCAUUGGGCGCUGCGGCGUCGCCUACGGCGGGGGCCGCUUUGGCACCGUCGUGGGCUUUGGGAACUGUGCGAGCUUCGGGGGCCUGGGCAGCUACAGAGGCCUGGGGGAUGGCGUGGCCGUGGGGGGCUACGGUGGUGGCAUCGGCAUUGGCCUCGGCGGAGGGAGGUCCGAGGGGAUUCGCGGCGUCAGCAUCCACCCAGAGCUCCUCAAGCCCCUGUGCGUGGGCGUGGACCCCGAGGAGUGCCAAGUGCGGACCCAUGAGAAGGAGCAGAUCAAGAACCUCAAUAACCAGUUCGCCUGUUUCAUUGACAAGGUGCGGCUGCUGGAGCAGCAAAACAAGGUGCUGACCACCAAGUGGGAGCUGCUGCAGCAGUAUGUGCUCCCAGCAUCCAGGAGAAACUUGGAGCCUGUGUUUGAGAACUUCAUCUGCAACCUGAGGAAGCAGCUGGAGUGUGUGAUGGGGGAGCGUGAGCGGCUGGAGAAUGAGGAGCGGUGCCUGCGGGACCUGGUGCAGGAGUUCAAGUGCAAGUAUGAAGAUGAGAUCAACAAGCGCACGGCAGCGGAGAAUGAAUUUGUGGUGCUCAAGAAAGAUGUGGAUUGUCUCUACCUGACCAAGGAGGAGCUGGAGGUGAGGGUGGGUCUCCUGCGGCAGCAGCUGGAGUUCCUGAAGUGCAUCUACGCUGAGGAGAGGGCUCAGCUGGACUGUCAGCUGUGUGACACCUCUGUCAUCGUGCAAAUGGACAACAGCCGGGACCUGGACAUGGAAGGCAUCAUCAAAAGCGUGGAGUGCUGCUACGAGGAGAUUGCCCAGAAGAGCAAGGCUGAGGUGGAGGCUUUCUACCAAACCAGGCUGGAGGAGCUCCACAGCAGCCGGGGCAAGUUCUGUGAUGACCUGAGGAACAACCAGAGUGAGAUUGCUGAGCUCAACAGGAUGAUCCAGAAGCUGCAGUGUGAGUCAGACAACGUGAAGAAACAGAUCUCAGCCCUGCAGACAGCCAUCUGCGAUGCUGAGCAACGAGGAGACUGCGCCCUCAAGGAUGCCAGGCAGAAGCUGGUGGACCUGCAGACAGCUCUGCAGCAGGCCAAGGACAAGAUGGCCUGUCUGCUCAGGGACUACCAGGAGCUGCUCAAUGUCAAGCUGGCCCUGGACAUUGAGAUUGCCACAUACAGGACGCUGCUGGAGGGAGAAGAGAGCAGGUAG